AUGAGUGAAUCAAAAGCAAUUAUUUCGAGUGGUUGGUCUAGUCUUAGCACAAUUGACGAUUUUGAUACAGGACUAAAUAAAAAUGGUAAUAUUAUACCGACUACAGAAGAUGUUUCUAAAGCUACUGCCAAAAGCCUUUUUAUAGAGUCUUUAAUAGAUCAACUUUGUAAACUUUUUGAAAAAGAUUCCAGUAAAAGGCAUCAAUUGUAUCAAAGAAUUUGCAGAAAAUUAUAUCAAAUGCAUUUAGUAGAGGCCACAUACAAUCUUGAAGAAUUGGCACCACUUAGAGGAUUUUAUCAACAAGCUUUACUUGAUGCAAUUAUAACACCAACUACGAGAAUUCUACCCUCACCUUCUUUCAAAUUAGGAAGUUCAAGUGAAUAUGAAGAAUUAGGCCUUGUGGCAUCCGGUGGAUUUGGAAAAGUUUUUAAAGCGAAAAAUUUAUUAGAUGAAGUAGUUUAUGCAGUUAAAAAAAUUCCAUUAAAAUAUAAGAAUAUUUCACAAUUUGAAAAAAAAUUAAAUGAAGUUAAAACUUUGGCUAAGCUCAAUCAUUGUAAUAUAGUACAAUAUAAGGCAGCCUGGUUGGAACCUUUAUUCGACUUCUCUUCUCCUAUCGAUUCACCUGAUGAUACUAAAAUAAGCAGUAAUGAUUCUGACAUAGUUGUAUUCGAAUAUACUGAAUCUAAUCCAUCAAACACUAAUAAAAAUAGUAAUCAAGAAGAAGAAGAAAACGAAAGUAAUAUGGCAGUUUGUAAAUAUUCUGCUAAAGAAAUAGUUCAAAAACCUGCACCACAGCUGAAUGCUCUAUUAUAUCUUACAAUGCAAUUAUGUGAUGAAACUCUUAAUGAAUGGCUUAACAAACGAAAUUUAGACAAUACAGUAGAUAUAUCAUUAGCUAUGUACAUUAUGAUUCAAAUUUCAAUGGGAGUUCAAUACAUUCAUUCUUGCAAUGUUGUGCAUCACGACAUAAAACCUCGUAAUAUUUUUCUUAGUCAUGAUUUAAAAUCAGUAGAAGUUGGCGAUUUUGGUUUAGCAUGUUUACAAGGACACGAACAUUCGGGGUGUUUGUUGGAGGGUGGAAAAUUUGGAACUCCUUUGUAUGCAGCACCUGAGCAAUUAAAAGGCUGUUGUGAUUUUAAAAGUGAUAUGUUUAGUUUAGGAUUAAUUUUAAUUGAAUUAUUGACCAUUUUUUCAACCGAAAUGGAAAGAGUCAAAGUGUUAACAAAAGCCAGAUCGGGAGAAUUACCUUCUUCUAUUCCAAUCGAAUUCGUACCCAUAAUUAAAGAUUUAAUAUCACAUAAAACUAGUAAACGUCCUAAUUCUACGGAAUUAAUAUCGAAAUUGCAAAAUUUGAAUUAUAAAUCUUUUAAUGAACUAGAAAUUCAAUCGAAGGCUGUAGCGGUAGAAGUGGAAGCAGUAGAAAAUAUUUGUCAAAGACACGUGGAAAAUGAUAUGAAAACAUUAUACAUUGAAGAUAGGCAAAAAAUAAUAAGGGAUAAAGAACGGGAAAUAAUCGAAUUGCGAAAAAUUUUAGCUCAAAAAGAAAACGAAAUAGCAGAAUUAAAAAAUAUGGUUACUAUACAAAAAACUUAG